AUGGGAGGACACUGGGGAAAUAGGUUCAGUAUUAUUUUGAGGAGUAUACCGCCCGAGCACCAAAGUGUUCUGGACAGUCGUUUGAAAGAAUUAGAAGAAAAUGGAUUUAUAAAUUAUUUUGGGAUGCAACGUUUCGGUUCCUGCGGUACAAGUACAGCCGAGGUGGGUAAACAUAUAUUGAAAAGGAAUUGGGAAGCUGCUGUGGCGCUCAUUCUCAGCAAUGAUAAUCUACCUGGGUACCUUGGCACCGUGGGGGAUGCUCUCCGAUGCUGGAAAGAAACAAAGGAUGCGUCGAAGGCACUUCGAUUCUUGAAGGGAAGCCAAGCAUAUGCAUCAAUAGAAGCCAUCAUAUUCAAGUGCCUUGCCAAGGGUGGAACGUGGCAGAAGUGUAUCGUUGAAGCGCUACCUAUUAACCUCAGGAGUUUAUAUGUGCAUGCCUAUCAGAGUCUGUUGUGGAACAAGGUUGUUUCCCGUCGAAUAUCUGAAGGAGGAGCUACAGUAACUCCAGACGAUGUGGGACAAGAUGGGAAAAAGCUUUCCGAAAAUGCUUCACAAUUUGACAUUUACAUACCACUUCCCGGAGAGGCCGUCAAUUUCGAGAAAAAUUACGUGUCACAGUGGUAUGAGGAAAUGCUAGCUGAGGAUGGAUUAUCGAAUUCUUCGUUCUCUACUCUUGAGGAUCGGUUCGCUCUAGGAGAGACCGCGCGACCAAUGUUGAUACGUCCACUCGAUGUGAAAUGGAAAUUCAUCCGAUAUUCUAAUCCUAGAGCGUACUUACAAACUCACGCGGAUGCCGCUAGAAACGAUUGGACGAACAGCCAGAAUGAUGGUCUCGACGUAUGCGAAACCGCUUUGGAGAACAAGGAACGGAAAGCCGAGUGCUUUCAGGAAGAUGUAUCUAAGGAUUUAGUUGAUCAUAAAUUAGUUAAAGUUGACGAGUGA